CCCCUCCCCCGCUGACACCUGUGGAUGCUUUUGCUGACCUGUGGGCCGGCUGAUAACAUCAAGGACAAUGGCCUCUGGGGAGUGUUCACGGAGAUAUAAACACUUCACCCAAACAGUCACACAUAUCUGAUACUCAUAAAUAGGGCUGGGUAAAAAAAUCGAUUUAAUCGAUGUUGGAUCGAUUCCAGUAAAAUUUUACAAAAUCGAUGUGUAGGUAAUGAGAUCGAUUAGUUUUAUAGUGAUGUGAGUGAUGUUGACGUUCAAGAGCGGGCGUGGGCAAAUGCAAAAUGGCCGACGCAAGUAACGCACCGCUCAGCAAGCCCUCCCAACUGAAGUCUGACGUCUGGAACCAUUUUGGAUUUAAAAUAAAGAGGAUGUGCUGGAUAAAACUAAAGUGGUUUGCAAGAUCUGUCAAGCGGAGGUCAGUUAUUGUAGAAACACUACAAAUCUCCGAAAUCACCUGACAAGGUAUCAUGCUAAGCUAACAUCCGACAACAAACCUUCCGGAGCUAAACAAAUGAAAUUGAGGGACUCGCUUGCAUUACCAGCAAAUUCUCCGCGGGCCAUUAAGAUAACAGAGGCCAUCGCAACUUUUGUGUGCAAAGAUUUACGCCCCUACUCGGUAGUGGAAAAUGAAGGCUUCAAGCGGCUCCUUCGUGUGCUCUAACCACACUACGUUAUGGUGCAACGCAAACAUCUGACAGAAACUGUUAUCCCCAUGAUGUACACGCGAGUGAAAGACGACAUCCAAAUGAAAAUGCAAUUAGCAGAGAGAGUCGGCAUAACUUGUGAAACAUGGACAUCGCUGUCAACUUAAUCCUACAUGACGGUGACUUCCCACUACAUCGAUUACGGACAAUGCUGCAAAUAUGAUUCGUGCAGUGGAAAUAACGCAACUGAUGCAUGUCGGCUGCUUCGCGCACACGCUGAACUUAGCCUCACAAGCAGGUCUAAAAAUCCCUGCUGUCACGUCUGCUUGCUCGUGUGAGGCGUAUAGCAGCAUUCUUUCACCGAAGUACAACGGCAAGCUACAUACUGAAAGAAAAACAGAAGCUGCUUCAACUACCAGCGCACAAACUAACACUUGACGUGGUGACAAGAUGGAACAGUGCACUGGACAUGCUGGAGCACUUUUUGGAGCAACAGCCAGCCAUCUCUGCUACUCUCCUUUCUCAAGACGUGCGCAGGAAUGAAAAGGAUUUGUGCACCCUAACAGAGGAAGAUGUAACAACUGCUGAGGAUUUGGUCUGGGUGUUAAAACCGAUGAAAGAAGCUACGUUGGUGAUGUCGGAGGACAAGCAGCCAACUCUUUCCGUCAUCGCCCCACUGCUCGCCCUGCUUCAGGAUGCCUUCACCCCCAGCCUAGAAGACAGCGCUGUAGUCAGGGACUUAAAAGCUGCUGUAAAGAAUAACUUGGGGACAAGAUAUGAUGGACAAAAGGACACCUUGUAUGCAGCAUCCGUGCUGGAUCCUCGCUUUAAGGCCCUUCCAUUCCUGUCUGCUUCAGAUCAAAAUGACACCUUCUCCAGGCUGCAGGCUGAGGCUGCCACUGCUGCACGUGAUCAAGAUGGUGGCAAUGAUACUGAUAAAGAAGCUGAGGAUACUUUGCCCAAGAAGCCAAAGAAAUCCAGCACCUUGGAGUCUCUCCUUGGAACAGUCUAUUCAACAACAGUAAAAGAUCAGGGACUGAAAACUCCAGCAAUAAGGGCUGAAGAUGAAGUUAGAAGAUACAAAGCUGAAAAUCCUGCUGGGCUGAAUGAAAAUCCUUUGAUCUGGUGGAAGUUAAACAAAAGGGAAUAUCCACUGUUGGCUCGCCUUGCAAGGCAUUAUCUUUGUGUCCCAGGGACCAGUAUUGCAUCAGAGAGGGUAUUUUCAACAGCUGGUGACAUUGUCACUGCAAAAAGGAGCUGCCUAAGCACAGAUCAUGUGAAUGAACUUAUUUUUCUCCACAAGAAUCUCACAAUUAAUGAGAAGUGAAAAGAAAGACCAUAAUUUGACUUAGCAGUUCAACUUAUUUUGUAUUUAUUUGCCAGUAUUUUUUGGCCCUUAAAAUAGAAAAUCCCUUGAUGCAAAUUGCAGUGUUUAGUUAAAAAGUAAAUACUUUUAUUUUUACAAAUUUGCACUUUUGAGACAGUUUUGUUUACAAGUCUGCACUUUGCACUUUGUUUAAUGUGAAGUGAAAAAAUAAAAUACAUGUGUAUUUCGCAACACAGUUGAGCCACUUUUAUUAUUGUAAGAGCAGAUCGAAUCGAAUCGAACUUAAUCGAAAUUAAUUGAUUCAUAGAUGUAUGAAUCGAAAUCGAAUCGAUUCAGGACUUUGGUCAAAAUACCCAGC